AUGGCUGGUCUUGUAAAAGCUAAAAAAUACGACUGGAAGGAUAGCAAUCUAGCUCUCUUUGGAUCAGAUCUAGAGAGAAAGGUCAAAAAAGAGGCAGCUCAAACGGAAAAGGCUUGGAUUGGAGCUGGAAAGAAAGUUGGACUUCAGAUAUGGCGUAUUGUGAAAUUUAAGGUAACUGUAUGGCCUGAUGAUCAAUAUGGUCAAUUCUUCAAUGGAGAUUCCUACAUCAUCCUUAAAACUUACAAAGAGCCUCCAUCAGAGGAGUUAAAGUAUAACCUCCACUUUGGGAUUGGUCAGUAUUCCACUCAGGAUGAGUAUGGUACCGCAGCAUACAAGACUGUGGAACUGGAUACUUUGUUGGACGACAAACCAAUUCAACAUCGUGAGGUGAUGGGCUAUGAAUCAGACCUCUUCAAGUCCUAUUUCUCUUCUAUUACUCUGUUAGAGGGAGGAGCUGAUACAGGAUUCCGACAUGUUGAACCCACUAAAUACAAACAUCGUCUUUUCCAUUUCCACCGUGAUAACAAACAUAAUGUUGUGGUACGUGAGCGUCCUCUUAGCAAGCAUUGCCUGAACUCCAGUAGUGUCUUUGUAUUGGAUUUAGGUCUGGAGAUCUAUCAGUGGAAUGGUCAAACAUGCAACAAAGAUGAAAAGUUUAAAGCUGGUCACUACCUCUCAAGCCUAAAGGGAAGUCGUGGUGGUAAGCCAGAAAUUGAUACACUUGAGGAAUGGGAUACCCCAGAGACGCACAAGUUUUUCACCUUUCUAUCUCCUGAUCCUCCAGAGGAUAUUGAUGGAGAUGAUGAAAUUGAUGACAGCUUCAAGCCAUCAUUAUUCAGGCUGAGUAAUGAAAGUGGCAGCUUGAAGUUCAAUCUUGUCUCUGAAGGCUCUAUACCUAAAGCUUCUCUUGAUCCCAAAGAUGUAUUUAUUGCUGAUACUGGUAAACAAUGUUUUGUUUGGAUUGGUAGCGCAGCCAGUAAUGAAGAGAAGAAGAACGCAAUGUCUUAUGCUACUGUAAGUCAACUACACCACUAG